AUCCACUAGGUGGUGUGAAUGACCGUUUCUAUUCACAGAAACACAUAUCCUGUCUGCAACGUCAGCGCAUUUUACCAGCCCUCUGGUAAAGGCUGCCAACUGAGAAGUUGGAAAAACUGCAAAAAUGGGCUUCGUGAAAGUAGUGAAAAGUAAGGCGUACUUCAAGAGAUACCAGGUGAAAUUCAGGAGAAGGCGAGAGGGGAAGACUGACUACUUUGCCCGUAAGCGCCUGGUCAUCCAAGACAAGAACAAGUACAACACACCCAAAUACAGGAUGAUCGUGAGGUUCUCCAACAGAGAUAUCUGUUGCCAGAUUGCCUACGCCAAGAUCGAGGGAGACCAGAUUGUUGCUGCUGCCUACUCCCAUGAGCUGCCCAAGUAUGGCAUCACCGUGGGACUGACAAAUUAUGCUGCAGCCUACUGCACGGGCCUUCUGCUGGCCCGCAGGCUGCUGAACAAGUUCGGCCUGGACCAGGUGUACGAGGGCCAGGUGGAGGUGACGGGAGAUGAGUUCAACGUGGAGAGUAUAGACGGCCAGCCGGGGGCCUUCACAUGUUUCCUAGACGCCGGGCUCGCCAGGACGUCCACAGGAAACAAGGUGUUCGGAGCACUAAAGGGCGCCGUCGACGGUGGCCUCUCAAUUCCUCACAGCACAAAACGAUUCCCUGGCUACGACAUGGAGAGCAAAGAGUUCAACGCAGAGAUGCAUCGCAAACACAUCAUGGGCAUGAACGUGUCGGACUACAUGAGCUACCUGAUGGAGGAGGAUGAAGACGCCUACAAGAAACAGUUCUCACGCUUCAUAAAGAACGGAGUCACGCCAGACACAGUGGAGGAGAUGUACAAGAAAGCACACACCGCCAUCAGAGAGAACCCAGUCCACGAAAAGAAACCCCAAAAAGACGUCAAAAAGAAGAGGUGGAACCGCGCUAAACUUUCGCUGGCACAGAGAAAGGACCGUGUCGCUCAGAAAAAGGCCAGCUUUCUACGAGCACAGGAAGCCGAGGCAGCGGACGGUUAGAGGGACGGGCACCACUGCCCGUUCCAAAGACACCACUGCACAUUGGCUUAAUAAAUUUAUUGCAAAAGA